UACAGUAACCUUACAGUUUUCUUGUAUUAUUUUUAGCUAUUCUAUUGUGUGGCACCAUUUGGUCGUGAUUAGCGAAAAGUCUGUGUCAUAUUCUUUAAUUUUAUUCUUAGAAAAACCUAUUUUCUUUUACUGUUAGUUGACGCAGCACGUAUUUUAGAAUUUGCGUAAUCCGUAUUUAUUAUGCCGCCUAGAAAGAAAUCUAUUGGAAAAAGAUCAAAAAGUGAAAAAGCAAUUCUUAAGAAAGAAAAAGAGCAGCAUUUAGAAUCUGUUGAAGUCGAAAAGAGUGUUGAGCCUGAAAUCAUCCAGACUGCUGUAUCUGCAAUUCCAGAACAAGAUUCGAAAUCAAAAGAAAAGGAACAUUAUGAACUGCUUUCACUAUUCUCUCAUUUGAAUUCUCUUUAUAGAGAUAAAAAGUAUUUAAAAUGGGAAGAAAAAUGUUGGUACAACUAUGUAUACAAAUGUCGGGAAAUUAAUCCAUUAAUUCUACCAGAAGUGAAUGCAUAUUUAACAGAAUUGGAUGAAGAUGAUGCAUGUGAUAUCAUUCAUGUUUUUGAUGAAUGCCGUAAAAGUGAACAGAUGUGUGAGGAUAUAAAGUUUGCAUUGUUGGAGUGCCCUGAAAUUACUCCUAAGACUCAAAAGUCUUGGAUACAAAGCAUAAAAAAUUUGCAGUUCAUGAUGAGAAAGAAGAUGGAUACAGCAACUUUCAGAAUUUUGAGAGCAGCGAGUGAGCAUAUUAAUGACGAAACUUUCAAUAUGGAAUUUGGUAUUACAGAUCAAUCAAGCCCCGAUCCAAGAUUUUCAUUUUGUUUGUGGGGUAAUUUGACAAAAAAUCUUAGGCAUAAAGGUAUGAACUUACCAUCUACUGGCUUCAGUUUUGAACUGCCCCCUGAAUUAUUGAAAAUAAAUUGUGCUGUAAGAAUCUGGCAUUCAAUGUUUGACAAUGUUACUCCCACAUUUUGUGAAUCUUCUGUACCUCAUGCAUGUCAAUUAGGCGAGGUAAUCUCAAAAGACGAUUUUACUGAUGCACUAUUAGAGGAUAUCUACUCAGCUACUGAUGAUCAGUUUGGCUUACAGCUUGAAGCAUCGGCAUUUUCUGAAAUUCUGAUUGCCGCUUUAAAACAGAUAGUGCCUUCUGAGACUUCUGGAAAAUCAGACACUGACAAAUUUUCUUCUGCUAUUGUAUUUACUCCACCAGAUGAACCAGAAAUUACUAUUUUGGAGAAGGCUGAAUAUUUUGUUGUAGGUGGAUUGUAUCAUUUUGAUCUUUUUCAACUUCCUUAUCAAACAGUGAAAUCGGGCUGCUGGAUAUUUACCAAUUGGGAGGAAAAAGAAUUAAUGCGUUUACCGUAUCGAACAAGUAUAAUUCCCAUUCGACAUCCUAAACCAGAUAUGUCUCCUGCAGUGGCAGCAGAGUUUGCUGAUUCAGAAAUUAAAAGAUUUGAUAAAGAAAUGUGUAGUGCUAUUUCAGUAUCUUUCAAAUUACCUGAAAAUGUAAUCUUUCUUGAACAACCAGUGCCAGCUUUUUGGGUUACUAUCAAAAAAGGAUUUACAACUAUAGGAUUUUUCGAAACUAAAUAUGAUGAAGAUACUGGUCAUAUUUUUUUUAAAACGAAUCAAUUUGGGGUCAUUGGAUUUCUUCAAAGAAAAUAUAAUAACAUGCCCUAUCAGUCUUGGGAAUUAAUCAAAGGAAAGCAACAGAACACAGCAUUACUCAUAAUCACUGGCAUGCAAGCUGCCAUAAAGAUAGAAAUUAGCGAAGAAGGUUGCUGCAUUCAGCAGAUUGAACGAGAUGGGAAAUCUCUGUUUUCAAAUUCUUAUUCCGUAUGGAUGAGCCCUGACGCAUUAAUAAAAAAAUUGCUGCUCAUGGGUAUCAACGUCGCAAUAGAGAAAGACAUCAACAAAUUUAUUGAGGUUUCUUCGAAGAACACUGAACUUGAAAACUGGACAUAUUCUUGCAUGUCUGUCUUGACUCAUACUUUUAAUUUUUACUGGAGUCGGUGGAAUGCCGUGGUCUCACCUGACCAGUUAGUUAUGAGAUUUAAUUCUGAAGAAAACAAUGAGCAGAAAUUUAAUCAUGUAUUGAUGAUGCCUGGGAAAGCAUUUGAAAUCAAGUGCACAGAAUCUAGCACCAAAUUUUGUGAUGACCCUGUAGAAGGACAGAGAUGCUACAGUAAUGCGUAUCAUCUUCUAAUGGACAGAAGUGAACAAGAAGGUGAAAAAGUUUUGAAUUUUGAAUUUGUGACCAAUGUUUUUUUCCUUUUAAGCUCAUGUAAACUAUUUAGCUGCUCUUGAAAACAUGAAAAUGAAUCAUUUUGUAUGGUUUUUCUAUUUUCAUAAAGUAAUCCAUAGCAUAACACAAGUUCUAUGUAAGCAACUUGAUAAAA